AUGGGCUUCUUCCAUCUCCACCGCACCUCCAGCAGCAGCUCCUCCCGCUCAGUCUCGUCAGCGGUCUUCUCGGCGUCAAACUACAGCACACCAAGGACCAGCUCAGAUCUGGCGGACGACUAUAUGAGUGCGACACUGAAGCCCUGCAUUGCUGCGCCGAGAGCGCCGCUGUUGGACCUUCCCUUUGAAAUUCUCCAGCACAUCGCAAGCUAUCUUGACAAUGUAUCAGCCGCACGAUUCAGCUUGAGUGGGCGCCAGGUCUGCUACGCCGUUGGUACGAAGUCACUUUCCGCCUAUGUCGGCUCCUCUCCAUCACCACUCGACGCACGGGAGCGUCUCGAAAACACCAUCGAGCGUGCACUUCCUGGCGCCUGGCACUGCGCCUGGUGCGAUAAAUUCCACCAGUGGUCCGUAGCCGAUGGACCCACCAGUGCACCCCACGCACCCCAGACCCCUUGCACAGACUACAACAGCUACCUGUCCGACGGCAUGGGGUAUACACUCAGAUACCACCACAUCCGGCUCGCGCUCGCCCACUACAACCACGGCCCAAGCCACGGAUUACCACUGAGCGCCUUCAAACACUCCACGCACUCCAGCAUAACCCUCUUCCGCACGCCCAUCCAAACCGCCAUCUCCCACGAAGCCAAAAUAAAAAACAGCUCCUUCCUCCUCCACACAACCUACUCCCUCCUCCUCCCAACCUGGACCACCUCGCACAAAAACCUCAUCGGCCACCUCUGGCCCCAGCUCCCCGCCCUGCUCACCCAGCACCGCGCGAGCGAGUACGGCCACACGGGGCUCAUGGCCGCGCUGGACAACGUCGUCCGCCGGGGAUGGCGCGUCCUAGGCGCCCACAGCUGCCGCGACUGCGCAACCGACUGGUCCGUCAGCGCACACGCGAUCCCGCGCAGCGCCGCUGGCGAAUUCACGCGCCUCACUAUCCAGACCUGGCGCAUGCUUGGCGGGGGGAGUUCGCCGUUCGAGGUCCAGUGGCGCGCGCACGGCCUUUACAUCCCCGGCUCCGAGGAGUCGUGCGCGAGGGAGGAGGCAAGCAUGGCGCCGGGGGGGGUGCGGGAGGCUUUCGAGGGGCCGUCGUGCGGCGAUGCGGUAAGCGCUGGCGAGGGCGGUCGUGAUGCAUGGGACACGUUGGCGCAUUCGUGGCAGGUCGACAAACACCGCGCGGAGCAGAGAGACCAGGAGGCCGAGUGGCGCGCUAUCUGGACUUACAUUGAACGCAGGGCUGGGGCGCCGCCUUGUUGA